GAGGUGAAUAUUGCGAAUUAGAUUUUGUACAAACUGUAAAUAAUACCUUUUUUGAAUCGAAUAUCGUUCUUUGGUCGUCAGCAGAACUAGAUCUUAGAUUCACAUUUAAACUUGACGACGAUUUACCUCCUUCCUUUACUUAUAAAAAUAUAGCAAAUAAUGUUUUAACUUGUGGAGUCACAUAUAUGUUAGAGGCUACUAUAUAUAAUAAUAAUGGUGUUCAUAAAGUGAUUAGAUGCAUUUGUCCAAUCACAAGAUGGAGUUUACCAUGUUUAGUCAAACAACCUGAAUCAUUAACUCGACCUAAAUAUAAUAAUCGACGAUGGAAUAAAUUAACUAAUUUUGGUGAUGGCAGUGGAGGAGGUGGAAAUGAAAUAGAAGAUAUUAUUUAUGAUGCAAAACUUGAAAAUAAAUCUUAUAAUAUUGGAUCAACUUUAAAUCUUUUAGUUUCAUUAAUUUUGCCCCCUACUUUUGCUUCUUCAAUAAAAGAGGUGCGAUUAGGAAUUAAAGAAUAUCAAAUUUUACAAGAUUCUGGAUAUUGUGUAAAUUUAUCAAAACAUAAGGUUGCCCAUAAUGUAUAUAAAGGAAAAGAAUUUAUUAAGGAUGUAAUAGUCGAUGAAAAAGAUAGUGUCAUUAAAGAAAAUCGAUAUUUAUUAGAUUUGGAAUUGAAAAUUCCGACGUAUGAUAUUAUUCCAGAUUUCGAAAAUACUC